AUGAUAUACCUCAAUUAUUCUACUCACUAUUAUGUCACAGACAUUGCCAAGCAUUCGCCUAUUGUGACCGCUCCCGGCUCCAACGAGAAGAACCCCAUCCCUAAGCACAAGCGCCCAUUGCUUUCGGAUUCUCCGUACGAAAGCAAUGAAACAAAGCUUUCAGGCUGGAAGGAGUCCUUCGGUGAGAUGUUCAUUGGCCUCUUCCGUCUCGACAUGGACCGCGUCCGUGCGGGUCCAGUGGCCGCCUCUAUCUACUACGGCCAAGCAAAGCAACAGGGUUUGCAAUACCCCAACGAAGAGCUUUCGGAAACCGCCUCCUUCUACUACAGCACUUUGGGGCUUCCACGCACGUUUGCACAGUGGUUCCAGAUCACCGCGUUGCACUACUGGAUCCUCACGGUGAGAAUGCGUGCCAUGCCCUACAAGUACGGCCACAACUACCAGCAGAAGUUUGUCGACCGUUUUUUCAAAGACAUGGAGUUGCGUCUCGCUGAGGAGAUGAACAUCUCUUCCGGGAGGAUCAUCGGGAACUACAUGAAGGACUUCUACCACCAGACCAGAGGGCUUGUGUUGGCCUACGAUGAGGGGUUUGCGACCAACGAUGCCACCUUGGCCACAGCCUUGUGGAGGAAUUUGUUCAACGGGAGAGAGGAUGUGGACAUUGUCCACUUGGAGGCGAUGGUAUCGUACGUCAGAAUGCAGCUCUACGUGCUUUCCAAGAUGUCCGACCGCGAGUUCGGCUUCGGGAAGUUCACCUUUGUCGCGCCCAACGAGAUUGUCAAGCCGUUGUCACAGGCGGAAGAGGCCAAAUUGAAGGAGUUUGCCAGGAGCCAAUUUGAGCCUGUGUCCGGCAAGGUUCUCCCAAGCAUGAGAAGUUCCCUCUCAUUAGACGAGUAG